AUGUUGCCUUCAAUUUCUCAGCUGGUUGAGGUCAGUACUAGGUUACUUUUUACCGCUCUCUGGCUUGAUGUUGCUCACCUAGUGGUCACAACAACAAGACAGCCCCCUGCACGUGAGCUUUUGGCUUCCAAAGGAAGCUUUCCUUUUCAGUCUUCUUUUCCAAAAAUUCAAAAUUCAAAACUCUCUUCUUCUCUGACUCAUACUUUUCUUACACACCGUUCAGAUUCUCUCCCUCACAAAAACUCAUAUUCUUUCCCUGCUGUGUGUCGCUACUCUAGGGUUUCAAGGCCGCAUCGCCAGUGGAAAAUCAGUUCUCUGAUUAAGUCUAUCUAUCUCGCCGGAGCUGGUCUAAAAUUUAUAAGGUUUCCAGAAUUUAUAAGCUCAAGUUUGUUCUCUAGGAGGGGCAAACACAUUGGGUCGUGCGACAAAGGUUGUUGUCAUGAACCGUUUGAUGAAUUUGAUGCUUCUCCAUUAACGGUAGAGCCUAUUACUUCAGCUGGAUAUAUUCAAAUGACCAAGGUGCAAGAGGCAACAAUUGCUGCUUGCCUUAAAGCUAAUAAUUGCAACACAACUGGAUCCAGAGCAUGGGAAUUCGCCAAAAAUUGUAACUGAAGAUAACAUCAAGUUACAGCUGUGUCAAGGUAAAUGCUUUUGCUAAAGGUAAUGAAAUAAUUCGAGAUGGGGAGAACUCCUUGCUGGGAGAAAGUGGGAUUGAAGAGAGGGAUAUGGACUGCUAGAGAAGACGAAAUCUUGACAAAAUUUUAUUACCCUUGGGGCCUUAUUGCAUUUCUUUACCACUUUUUACAUUUUAUAGAGAAGUUUGUGCAUGUUUCUGCGUAGAAGUACAGAGAGUACUGCGCGGGUGCGACUGCUGUUGCUGAUUUGUCACCUCCAUUGGCAUGUUUAAUACUGCUUCAUAGCGUUCAACCAGUUCUUUCUGAGGUUGCUGUUGGGGCUGGCUAUGCUAUUACUUAAGUGGAAUUCCUAUUUGAUUUGUGCUUGGCUAUGCUAACCAAUUGCAAUUUAAAGGGAGUCCAUCUAAGUUAUGUCGACUUAUGAGAGUAGAAAAUAUAUUAAAGAGUGAUGAUCCUUGACCAUCGAUCGCCAGGAGUGGCUAAAUAAUAUUAACAAAAAGGAAUGUAUCUUAAAUUAUAAUCCAAUGCGACCAAAUCAUAUGUAACAAAUGUGUGCAUAUACAUGUACUUUGUGGUUGAUGUCUUUGGAAUUUGCUGCCCAAUGUCAACCCUCAGGCACCCUUAGCUCUGUGUUGACAUUUAGAUUGAAAAAUGUAAGCUUUACGUUCGUUAGUUGAUAUGGAAUGGAAAUGAAAAUUGUGAGUGACAUUUAAGGAAGGAGGAUGUGAUUGAGUGAGAUUGUGUGAUUGGAAUGAAAGUUAUGAAUGAUUGUAUGUGUAGUUUUUUUUAGGAAUUUGUACAAAUUACAUAUAUUUUAAAUUAAGUUGAGCAUUUGUAUUA